GUGAAACCAAGACACUAUGAGAAACAUUCUGAUCCUUUUUCUUUUCGGGAUCACCUGGCAAAAUGCCAAUUUGUGCCCUCUGGAGUAUUCUCUUAAAAAGUACACUGAACAAGUCUCAAGUAAAUUAUACUGGAAUAACAAACCUGUCGACGAAAUACCCAGUUAUACUUAUGAACAGAUCGGAUCAAAGUACUACUACAUCAGCGAGGAUAAGCUAUAUUGGGGAAGGGCCCUGAUUAUGUGCCGACAUCGGAAUGGAAACCUGGUGAGCAUCGGAAGCAAAGAGGAGUGGAACGCCAUCACAGAGAAAUUAAACACCUCAAGGAACUACUGGGUGGACUAUUACAAUUUGGACAGUUUGUCAAUUUUACAACAAUUUACAUCUGCGUUGACUGGCAAGGAUGCACAGUUCUUGAAGUGGACCAACGAGACCCAAAGCACUUAUUACCGAAAAAGAUGUGUUGAGUUGCAAUCCGAGAAGGAUCAUCUCAUGCACGUUGUAGACUGCUUUCACCAAAAACAUUAUAUCUGUGAAGCCGACGAGGCACAACCUCCAAAAAAGAAUUUUUCAACACAAUUGGAACGUUCAGAAUAUAGGCUGAGAAACCUGGAACUGGCUUGGAUGAUCGAGGAAAGGCAUUUCACUAUAAACGAAUGGUUCAACAGGUACGGAGGUCCUUAGUAAGAAAGCUUUUGUGAAACUGUAACCUUUCUAAAGAUGAUGAAUAAAACAA